CCGAAAUAGCCACCAGUUGGUCUGUGCACUACACUGCGGUAGGCACCUAAAGUGCAUUAGUGCAGAUUGUGUACAGUGCUGUAGCUUAUGAGCGAUAGGGAGGAACAACAACCGGACGACCGGAUCUUGCGAUCGGCAAGGCGCCCAGUAGCCCACUUGGCAUUAGGACCAGAGGGCGACAAACAUCUGUUCCGCCAGCUUAGGGAGAGGCAGCAGCAUCAGAGGAGGGCUAGAGCAGCAGAGGCUAGCAGGGCACUUGUGAGUGAAGCCGCAACUUCAGAAGCCAUGGCCACCCCAGCACAACAGUCCUCUCAGGCCGGUAGUUCAGGGUCUGUCAGGUCAACGGUGUCGCAGACCCAGAGUCACUCCACUGGCGUAAUGGCGAGCCAGCCACUAGUGUUAACUCCUGAUGAGAUCGCCAUACAACAAGCAGCAUUGCAGGAGGCACAGCUACAGAAGGCGUUAGGAGAUAUAAAAGCGGAGAAAGAUAGAAUGAUUAGAAGAAGAGUCAGGAUGCAACGUAGACAAGCGGACGUGAGUGAGUUAGAGAAGAUGGACUUGACGCACGUAACGGAUGAUGUGAGGAUCAUCCGGUCUGUCCUGCUGAAUGUAGUGGAGAUGCAAGACAAGCAAACAACCAUCCUUCAGGACAUCCAGCAAAGUCUGGCCCUGUUGGUUGGGCGAGCGCCAGCAACGUCACCAAUGUCCGGGCCUGGUGCCUGGCCCGUUGUACAUCCUCCUCCUUAUGUCCCACCGGUGACUAGGGUAUCCCCAUAUAUAGCUCCUUCCCUGGGCAUGCCGCUAUCAGGAGGGGUAUCAACAGGAGCUAGUUUGCAGGCUCCUGUACAGAUAGUGUACAGCCAAUCUCCGUUGCAGGUUGCGGUCACCACGCAGCCUGCUGUCUCGCAGCCUGUGCAGCCGCAGGGCACACAGCCUCAGCAGCUAGCACAACAACCUGUGUCACAGGGUCCACAACCCGCCUUGAUGCAGGGACCGGGACAAACACAGUGGGUUCCAAAGAAGGCCAUCGCCACUCCGAAACCCUUUACAGGGGACAAGAGAGGCGAAGACCUCGACACAUGGUUGAGGUUAGUGCCAGUCUAUGUCAGGUGUAAACUUACCUUGCCGCACGAAGAAGUGUUUGUAGCUGCUUCCUACCUGGAGGAUAGCGCAGCAAGAUGGUUGAGUGGUUUAGUGCAACUCCAGGGGUAUGGUCAUGACUUCCGCGCUUGGGCGGUCACCCAGAAAUUGGAGGACUUCCUGAAGAUGGUGGAGGAAAGGUGGCACGAUCCGCAGGAGGCCCAAAGGGCCACUGAUGCGAUCCUGACACUGCACACGCGGCAGUUUAAGUCAGUAAGGGAAGCCACCGACGCUGUUGAGCGUCUGAUAUGUGUCCCAGGGGUGCGCUAUGACCCCCAGGUUCUGCUUACCUCGUACCCGAGAUGCUUUUCUUUGCCUCUUAGGAACCAGUUGGCAAGUCAGGCCAACAUUAAUAUGCACAACUUUCCUUCGUUUAGCAAGAUGGCCCUAGACCUUKAGGCGAAGAUAGGGCAUGGACAGGCACCCACUACGGAUGGAAGGAGAAAGACACUGCCUCCUAACUGGAAGGCGAAGGGGCGCAUUAUGUUUGUCGAUAACGAUAGUGCGCUGAUUACUGAGUUCGAUCUGACGUACAAUGUUACUCAGUCCUUGGUGGAAGCCUAUCGCGAGGACCAGUUCAUGUCUGAGAUCAUAUGCAGACUGAAGGCGAAGGACAAGAAGACCUCUGCCAAGUUUGAAUUGGUCAAUGGCUUGCUGUUCCUUGAGAAGGCUGGGAAUAAACGUUUGUGUGUCCCGAAUAGCGAGUCUUUGCGUAGUUUGUUUUUAGGAGAGUGCCAUGAUGCCACCGGCCAUUUUGGGUACAAGAAGACCGCAGCUAAUCUGCUGCAGCGGUUCUGGUGGCCCACGAUGAUGCGAGAUGCCCAACUGUAUGUGGAGACUUGCCAGGUCUGUCAGAGGGACAAGCCCCAUACACAGGCUCCUCUUGGGCUACUGAAGCCCCUUCCGAUUCCGGAAUGGCCUGGCGAGAGUCUGUCCAUGGACUUCAUGGAUACUCUGAUCACCAGCAAGAGUGGGAUGCGACACAUCUUCGUCAUCGUGGAUAGAUUUAGUAAGUAUGCUAGGUUAGUAGCAAUGCCGGAAACAGGAAGGACGGAGUAUGUGACCAGAAUGUUCAAGGAGAACUGGGUUAGGGACUUUGGGUUACCGAAGUCUAUUAUUAGUGACAAGGAUGUCCGAUUUACCAGCGAACUGUGGAAGGCCGCUGAUGCAGAGCAGGGGACCCAGUUGCAAAUGACCUCUGGGAAUCACCCAGAGGCCAACGGCCAGGCCGAGCAACUGAACCGCGUUGUACAACACCUGUUGAGGCAUUACAUCAAGCCCAGCCAGGUGGAUUGGGAUGAGAAGCUUGCACUCAUCGCCAGUCUGUAUAACAAUGCGGUACACAGUGCCACCGGGGUGAGCCCGAACAGUUUGCUACUGACUUUCAAACCUAGACUACCCUUAGAUUUUCUCCUUCCUGAGAAUCAGUCGACUGCUGCACCAGGUACGUUAGAGUUUGCUUACCGCUUUGAACAAAAGAUGCAGCAGGUUGUAGAACAAAUGCAAAAGGCACAGGCGGCUAUGAUAGAAUCUGCAAACAAACACCGUCGCGAGUCUUCAUUUCAGGUUGGAGACAGAGUCUGGGUUAAGUCCUCAGAACUGGGACAGGAGCACGGGAUCUCCCGCAAGCUCAUGCCACAAUACUUUGGACCUUGGGAAGUUUUAGACAUAGUUGGGACAGAUCCGGAUGGGCCAUCUUAUGUUAUCCGGAUCCCUGGUCAUCUUCGAACUUACCCUGUCUUUCACGCCUCCAAGCUUGCACCUUUCAAGGAAACAGAUGAGUUUCCUUCUCGUCGCUCAAUGCUGCCCCCAACCAUGGAUGGAGAAGUGGACAUCGAUGACAUCGUGGAUCACAGGGAGCUGCCAGCUCAGAGACCCGCAGGAAGGGGACGUCCUCCGAAACCGAAGCUGCAGUACCGCAAGAAGACGACGACGACGAGGAGGAGGAGGAAGAGGAGGAGGAAGAAGGAAGGAGGAAGAAGAGGAGGAGGAGGAGGAGGAGAAGGAGGAGGGAGGAAGAAGAGGAGGAAGAAGAGGAGAAGAAGGAGAGGAGGAGGAAAGGAGGAGAAGAAGGAGAGGAGGAGGAGAAGAGAAGAAGAAGAUGUAGGAGGAGGAGGAGCAGAAGGAGGAGCAGGAGAAGCAGAAGAAGGAGAAGGAGACGCAGAAGAAGCAGAAGAAGCAGAAGAAGGAGAAGGAGAAGCAGAAGAAGAAGCAGAAGCAGAAGCAGAAGCAGGAGGAGGAGGAGGAGGAGGAGGAGGAGGAGGAGGAGGAGAAGGAGCAAGGAAGGAGCAAGAAGGAGAAGAAGGAGAAGAAGGAGAAGAAGAGGAGGAGGAGGAGGAGGAGGAGGAGGAGGAGGAGGAGGAGGAAGAAGAAGAAGAAGAAGAGGAAGAAGAGGAGGAGGAGGAAGAGGAGGAAGAAGAGGAGGAAGAAGAGGAAGAAGAGGAGGAAGAGGAGGAAGGGGAGGAGGAGGAGGAGGAACAAGAAGAAGAGGAAGAAGAGGAAGAAUAAGAGGAGGAGGAGGAAGAAGAAGAGGAAGGAAGAAGAGGAAGAAGAGGAAGAGG